AUGACUCUGGCCAACCUCACAUCUGCCCCAGGGUUCCUCCUCCUCGGCCUGAUGGACCAGCCAGACGCCUACCCCCUGUUGUUCCUGCUCUUCCUGGGCGUCUACCUGCUCAAUGCCCUAGGCAACCUGAGCAUGGUGGUGGUUGUAAGGUUCCAUUCCGCCCUCCGCUCUCCCAUGUAUUACUUCUUGGGUCACCUGAGCCUCGUGGACGUCUGCUUUACCACCGUCACGGUCCCCAGACUGCUGAUCGGCCUGCUCCACGCGGGCCAGACCAUCUCCUUCCAGGGAUGCUUUGCCCAGAUGUACUUCUUCGUGGCUCUGGGUAUCACUGAGAGCUACUUGCUGGCAGCCAUGUCCUAUGACCGCGCGGUGGCGGUGUGCCGCCCGCUGCACUACGGCGCUGUCAUGACGCCCGGGCGCUGCGCGACGUUGGUGGGGACCUCCUGGGCUGUGGCCCACCUCCACUCACUGCUCCACACUCUGCUCAUCUCCGCACUCUCCUACCCCGCCUCCGCCCCUGUGCGCCACUUCUUCUGUGACAUGACAGUGAUGCUGAGCUUGGCAACCUCGGACACAUCUGUGGCGGAGGCUGCCAUCUUUUCCGAGGGCCUGGCCGUGGUGCUGACUCCCCUCCUCCUCGUGUCCCUCUCCUAUGCCCGCAUCCUUGUCACAGUGCUCCAAGUACGGUCGGUGGGGGGACGGCACCGUGCCUUCUCCACCUGCGGUGCCCACUUGGUGGUGGUGUCACUUUUCUUCGGCUCUGUCCUUUCUGUGUAUUUCCGACCGUCCUCUGUCUACUCAGCCCGCUAUGACCGCCUGGCCAGCGUGGUCUAUGCGGUGGUCACGCCGACCUUAAACCCUUUUAUCUACAGUCUUCGCAACAAGGAGGUGAAGGGUGCCUUAAAAAGGGGGUUCAGAUGGACGGCUGCACCCCAAGAGUUGUGA